UGCAAUAGACAAAAAAUAGAUUUUCAUACCAGCCUGCCUCUGUCAAUCAAAUCUUUCCGUUUGCAAGAUGGCAGGACCACGCCUGAUUGGGAACUGUUUCCUUGCAGGACUUCUUUUCAGCCAGGGCUUGGCUAUCACCCUCCCUGUUCUGACUCUCACUGCUGUGGUUGGGGAGAUCUUUGUCCACGAACUGGAACAAGAGGGCUUCAAGGAUGCCUUUCCUUCCACCAUGGAUGAUAAAGACCUUCCUCCUGAUGUUCCCAUUACCUUCCAUGCUAAUCUUCUGCAUCACCCUGACUUGCCUCGGUGGCUGCGCUACACUCAACGCACCCCCUUUGAGAUGGGGUAUCUCUAUGGGUCUGCAACAAGUGAAGAUGUUGGUGUGCAGACAAUUGAGGUGAUGGCGUAUAACAGGUAUACCUAUGAAACUGUGAGGCAAACAAUGAUCAUCAAUAUUUUAACAUCUCCAGAUGGAGAGAUGCCAUAUCAAGCAGAUUUUCUGGUAAAGAACUGGGAUGUGGAAGAAAUGUUACCCAUUGAUGCCCAGGAACUUUUCCAGCAAGCUGUGGACAGCAUGUGGGAACAAGAAGGUUUAACUGUGGUCAACAUUACCUCAGCUUUGGACCGAGGUGGCCGUGUUCCUUUGCCAAUUGAAAACAGGAAGGAAGGUGUUUACAUCAAGGUGGGUUCCAAGGAUCCUUUCACAGAGUGCUUGACGGAGGCCAAGUCCCCUAGCAACCUUGUCCGGUGCAAAUUGGAGCAGCAGCCCAUUAUUUCAUGUUACGACAGCUUCAGCCCUCGAUUCCAAGUGGACUGGUGCAACCUCACCUUGACAGGCCCCACAAGUAAGAACAUCACAGUGCUUAUCUAUGGAGAUGGGAUCCUGGCGGAGGGCAGUGAAUUCAACCCUCCAGACAAUGUCUCCGACCGGGAAUUCUUCUCUGACUUCUUGCUGACGUUCCUCCUUCCAUUCCUUUUGGGGCUUCUCCUUGCUCUCAUCCUGGCCUACAUUAUGUGCUGCAGACGGGAAGGCGUGCACAAAAGAGAUGUGAAGACCUCAGACAUUCAGAUGGUGCAUCAUCACACGAUUCAUGAUAACACAGAGGAAUUGAGGGAAAUGGCAGGCAGCAGAGAUGUGCCCCGGCCCCUCUCCACUUUACCCAUGUUCAACGUCCGCACAGGCGAGAGGACCAACCCCAUGCAAAGCAGACGCUAUGACAGUGCCCAGGUGCCUCUCAUCUUGGCGCAGCAGUGAACAUUGGCCAGAUUAUAUCCAGUUUGAUUUCAGGAAAAAUUUCCUGCCAAAGUCAUCAUUUGUCAAUACUGAGAUAUUUAAACAAAGCCUGUGAUGGUGGAUUUUGCUUUGCUGGUUUUCUACUUUGUUUAUUACGGUAUUUGAUUUAUUGUGGUUUCUCACUGGGGAUGAGAAAAAGUGUGGCUGUUCUUUAUAUCUCUACAACAAACAAGUUUUGGCCAAUGGGGAAAAUGUAUAAAAAUGCUUGCAAUUAAGGAAAAUGCAUCUGUUAUACAUAGCAAAGGUGAAGAUUUUCCCCUGACAUUAAGUCUAGUUUUGUCCUACUCUGGGGGUUGGUGCUCAUCUCCAUUUCUAAGUCGAAGAGCCAGCGUUGGCUGUGGUCACCUCCAAGGUCAUGUGGCCGGCAUGACUGCAUGGAGCACCAUCACCUUUCUGCCUGAGUGGUACCUAUUGAUCUACUCACAUUUACAUGUUUUCUAACUGCUAGGUUGGCAGAAGCUGGGGCUAAUAGCAGGAGCUCACUCUGCUCCCUGGAUUUGAACCGCCAACCUUUCAGUCAGCAAAUUCAACAGCUCAGCAGUUUAACCCACUGCACCACUGGGGGCUCCCUGUUAUACAUAAGUGGACACCAAAACAUGCAAUCAUUUCCAUGCAAAACACCCUCCCUGUUUCAAUGUUGCAACCUGAAACAAAAUUAGAACGGGUGUCGUUAAACCAGAAUUAAAAUUUUCAUAUCUCCCAUCCCUACUCAUACUUCCAAAAGUGUAGAUUCUUGAUAUAGUUCUAUGUAGUUAUGCUAAGUCAGAUGCUCAAAAUACUUGCUGUGUAGCUGGUCUUAUAGUAUUUUUUAACAAUAGGGGUGAAACCUUUGGAGCCUUGAUAUUUGGGUGGACAAGUGAGCCAAGCCUGGGACCAGUUUAAGUCCCUGUACAUCCCAGUGAACUGCAGUGUGGCAUUUUACCCAAAUUGGAAGUAAUAUAUACAUAAUUUCUAAUUUCUGUCCUAUAGAAGUUAUAUAAUGCUAGAGGUGUUACCUAAAAUGGAUGAACUUCAUCAAAGGGAAUAUUGGAGAUGUAAGAUACAACUGGUACCUUUUCUCAUUUGGUGGUCAUAUAGAUUUUUGGAAAAAUGUGGUUAAGGAAAAAAAUCAAUAAGGUUAAGAAAAACCCAGAAAUGUGUCUUUUACGGUUAUUUAGGGAGGGAAUUAGUAAAGGAGAUGAAGAAAUUUGUCAAUAUAGCUUUGUAGCAUAAGAAUUACCCAAAAAGGAUUGGAGAGAAAACUUAUUAGCUGAUUAUAUACAAAUGGCCAAGCUAUAUAAUCAUAUUCAAGUACGAAAUAAUGGAGUGUUCACCAAAAAGCGGAAGCUGGAAUUUGUAUAUCUGGAAAGAAAGACAAAUGUAGCCUCAAGGGGAAUGUAUUAAAGAAUUUAUAAGGGUUGCUAUUAUUAGGUGUAAGAUUCUCAGUGAAUAGUAGCAGGAAUCAUAGGUGGUGGGUUCACAGGUGUGGGGAAGGAGGGAAACGGUUUGUUAGGAUGUUGUAAUGUAUCUGGUUUGCUAGCUAUUGUAGUAUCUGUAUUUGUUUUUCUUUUGUAUACAAUAAAA